GCUGGGCGCCUGGUUGCGGCGCGGGCGGGGACGCGAUGCCGCCGCCGCCGCCGCAGCCGCCUCCUCGCCGGCCUGGGCUGCGCCGCCGGGGCUGAGUCGCCGCCGCUGCCGGAGCCACGAGCCGAAGGGCCGCCGGGCGCGCCCGCAGCGCAGGAGGAUGGGCUGUGGCGGGAGCCGGGCCGAUGCCAUCGAGCCCCGCUACUACGAGAGCUGGACCCGGGAGACCGAGUCCACCUGGCUCACCUACACCGACUCGGACGCGCCGCCCAGCGCCGCGGCCACCGACAGCGGCCCCGAGGCGGGCGGCCUGCACGCGGGUGCGCUGGAAGAUGGACUGUCCUCCAAUGGUGUGCCCCGAUCUACAGCCCCAGGUGGACUCUCCAACCCAGACAAGAAGAUGAGCAGUGGGACCCAGUGCCCGAAUCCCCAGAGCCUCAACUCAGGCCCUCUGACCCAGAAACAGAAUGGCCUCCGGAGCACGGAGGCUAAAAGAGACGCUAAGCGAAUGUCUGCAAAAGAAGUCACCAUUAACGUUCCAGACAGCAUCCGACAGGUGGACAGAAACCGAAGAAUGGCGAAGAACUGCGUUAACUAGCAGGGCAGACGGACUUCUCUGUGCCCUCCACGUGUUGGACCCCACCAAGGAGACUCGAAGAAGUGGGUGGCCCUUGCUGGAUGUGAAGAACGCUGCUGCCUUGAGAGACUGUACUUGGCAGCCCAGUGCCUACCUGGGCUUCGGGGACAUUCCCAGCCUCCCACUUACCACGUAGCUGUGUCAGCACAGCACUUGAAUAGGGUACCAAGCUGCAAGUUUGCCAAGUGCGGUUUGCCUCUUUGCAGCUCCUGAGUGUGGUUUGCUGUAAAAGUGGUGAGUGCAGCCACGGGGGGCGGCUGAAACAAAGUAAGAAUAGGUUCCCUGGUGAGAGAUGCUCCCGUGGGUUCUGAGCGCUCCUGCCUGGGCUCAUGCGCACUGUUUCGGGUCAGCUCAUUCUUUCGUUCUUUCUUCCUUUCUGAAUACUGCCAUCAGAGUACUGAAUACUGCGUUCACUUAAAAGUUGUCUUUCAGGCUCUCUUCCUCGGCGCUGCCUGCAGAGGUGGCAGCCAUUUGUUACUGGGCAUCAUGGCUGCCCUCAGACCUUUGGUGAAGCCCAAGAUCG